GACUCAGUCUCCCAGAAAUCUCUGGGUCUGAUGCGAAUGCAGUUCUGGAAGACAGCCAUCGAGGACAUCUACAGAGACCAACCGCCUAAUCAGCCAGUUAGCGUUGAGCUUUGGAGGGCGGUGAAAAAACAUAAUCUGACGAAGAGAUGGUUGACAAGGAUCAUUGCAGAAAGAGAAAAGGAUCUUGAUGACCGAGGUUACCGGAACCUGCAAGAGUUGGAGUCUUACGCCGAGAAUGCACAAUCUCCGCUCUUCUACCUCCUCCUCGAGUCCUUAGGAGUGAAGGACGUCCACGCAGAUCACGCGGCGAGUCACGUGGGCAAGGCGCACGGCAUCGUCACGUGUCUGAGGGCGACGCCGCAUCUCAGCGCCCGGCGACGAGUUUACUUGCCCUUGGACAUCUGCAUGCUGCACGGCGCCUCUCAAGAAGACUUCAUCCGCCGCAGCCAGGAGCAGCACGUCCGGGACGUGGUGUACGACAUCGCCAGCCAGGCUCACAUUCACCUGCAGCACGUGGUUCUGGAGGACUUCCUGCAGCGAGUGAGGAAGGCAGACUUUGACAUUUUCCACCCGAGCCUGCAGAAAAGAAACCCUCUACUCGCUAUUCAGCUUUACUUGCGUUCCUGGAAGAGGACUUACUGA